UUCUUCCGUAUCCCACCAGCAUUCGCUUUCCCCACUAUCUCACAGCACGCCAAGGGAACUGGGAUCCUUCAAUUCGAGCAUACCGCAUCACAAGAGGUGAGGAUUGGUGUUCCCACCAGCGAAUGCUGACGUCAAAGGGAAGCUUGCGCGGACUGCUCCUCGAUCCCCAUUAAGGGGGGGGUUGUUGACAUGAAUCCCGCAAAUUUUACCAAUGUCGGCGGGGGCAUGCCUGGCGGAGCUAAGCCGCAUGGCCAGAUGCAGGCUCCGCAGCAGCAGAAACCGGACAAUCAAGUGAUGAUGAACUACCUGGCUCAGGCAUUGCAGGCUCAGGGUCCUUUUACCGGGUGGAGAGCCGAUGUUUCUCUGAAGGAGCGGGCUGUAAAUGUAUAUCAGAUGUGGACAUCCCUUCGUUUAAUCCAACCACUUGCCAAUCUACAUAGCUUAGCUCAGGCCGCUUUAAGUUUCGAGCAGAAAGCUUUCAAGAAUGCAAAGGAGAAGGUCGAUUACGACAAAGAAUGUAACGAUAAACUGGUUCAUAUUCGAGAUACUCGGGCGAGGCAGGCAGCUGUGUUGCAACAAAAUGGCGGCAUGAUGGCUCAGCCUGGGCAUGCGGCGGGAAUGGCUGGCGUAGGGCAGGCCCCGUUUCCUCAACAGAUGGGUCGUCCCGUACAAGCUUCUCCAAUGCCCGGACAGCAGCAAAUGGCAAUGGGGAUGAAUGAUCCAACUCAACAGGCGGCUAUGCAGCAUCGCCAGCAACAGCAGCAGCAGCAGCAACAGCAACAGCAGCAGCCACAGACAAUGCUUCAACAACGAGCGCAGCCAAGACCCGGUAACGGCAUACCGCUAACGGAUGAUCUUAGCACACUAUCACCUCAGGACUAUGAGCAUGUUUGCCGUAUCGCCAACCAAAUUUUAGCGAAGACUUCCCCAGAAGACGUGGACAAAAUUAAGAUGAAUUUGCAGAACAUGACUCCGGAACAAAGACAAUACCUUGGCCGGAAGAAUAUGGACCCAAUCACGUAUUUCUUUCGCUCCCAGGCAUUGACUCAACUCAGGAGACACAAGAGAGCCCGGAUGGAAGCGCAACGUGCGCAGAACACUGGGGUUGACCCCAAUAGUGCGAUGAUGGGAGAUCCCAUGAUGAACGCCCAGCAACGCCAAAUGUUCCAGAACAUGAUGAACCUUCAGCGCAAUUCAGCAUUUUCAAUGGGUAGUCAACCGAAUCUAGACCCGUCUUCGUUUAUCGGUAAUGUCGAAAACAUCCAAGGUCAACAGGCGGAUGGUUUGCGCUCCCAGGAAGCAGGGCAGCUUGUAGUGCCUGCUAGCUCUUCUCAGAUGAACCAACAACCAUUUACAAAUCAGAAUAUGUUCCCGGUUGGCCAGGGUAACCAAGGCAAUAUGAACGGAGCUGGAAUUAGUCCUCAAUUCUUCCCCCAACAGCAUUUGCAGACCUCCCAAAACCUCCAACAAGAUCGAUCUCAACAGGCGCCCCAAUUUCAGCCCCAGUCGCAAGCACAAACACAAGCGCAGGCGCGGGCGCAGGCUGCCCAGAAAGCUCAAAUGGCUAUAUCGCAGGCUGGACAAGCUAAUUCACAAAUGCAACAGAUGACACAACAAAGUCCCGCCAUGCCGAUGCUCAAUCGUCCGAUGGCCCCAGGACAAAUGUCACCGGCACAAGUGGCAGCUCAGGUUCGGCCUCCGUCGCGCCCCCCUGGACAACAGCCAACCGGCGUUCAGUCUCUUGGAGGACAACAAACGAUGCAGGGUCGGCCUCAGAUCCCUCCUGGUCUUCCGCCGAUGGUUCAAGAGCAGCUGGCUCGAAUGACACAAGAACAGCUAACCGCCUUUCUAAUGAAUCAGCGUCGUCCGCUUAACAACCAAACUAUGGCAAGAGCAAACGCUAACCAGCAGUCUAUGCCUAUGCAGCAAAAUUUGUCACAACCCGGCCAGGGUCAACAAAUGGCGAAUGGUCAGGCAGGCAAUAACCAGAAUAUGCGUGCUUCCCUGAACUUGCAGCAGCAGCUCGCGGGGAUGGGUGGCGCCCAAGGAUCUAAUCAGAUGCUUCCUGGACAACAGCAAAUGUCAGCUCAACAAAGGCAGCAGCAACAACAGCAGCAGCAACAACAACAGCAGCAGCAGCAGCGUCAACACGAUCUAUAUAAAAUGCAACUACUUCGUCAGCAGAGUGGGGGCUUGGAAAUGUCUCCGGAGCAAAUCAAAGACAUGGAUCGCCUCCCAUUUCCCCCUUCAAUACUGAGCAACAACCCCAACGUUCCUUCCCCCGUUCCGAAGCACAUCAAGACCUGGGGUCAAUUGAAACAAUGGGCCAAUGCCAAUCCUCAAAUGCUUGGAGGUAUAGAUGUACAAAAAUUGGUGACAUUCCAGAAAUUUCACUUGGCCCAGAUAUUGGCCCAGAACAAGGAAAGUGGUCGGAAUCCCGAAAAUGGUGGCCAAAAUUCGUGGAUGCCUAUGCCUUUCCAAGGACAGCCACAGCAAUUUAUGAACCAACAACAGUUCCAAGCUGGCCAACAGCAGGCACCGAUAAAUAUACCUCCACUGCGACCGAUUACGGGGCAAGACAUUCAGAUAGCUCGUUCACGACUGGGGGCACAGGUGCAGAAUUAUAGCGAUGAACAGCUUCGGGAGUUGCUUUAUAGGAACCGACAAAAACAGUUAAUGCAGCUAGCACAGACCCGUGCCGCUCAACUUGCGGCUCAGGGCCAGCAAACUCAACUGUCCCAGCAGCCUCCUGUCACUGCACCAUCAAGCACGCCUCAAAUUAAGCAGGAGGCCCAACCCCAGCAACAAUCAACACCACUAAAUCAACAGAUACAGGCGGCAAAGGCGCAAAAUCCAACACCUGGGAAAGGCAUCAAAGGGCCUGCUGCCAAGCAACCACCAAAGAGGAAGAUGCCAAAUGAAGAAGGCACGGACGCUCAAAAUAACCCUGCGCAGAAGUCAACUCAGCCUACAACUUCCCAGGGAGUACCAGGUCCCACGCCGUCUCGACCGAAUUUGCAGUUUACUCGUGAGCAAUUAGCUGCCAUGACACCACAACAACGUGCACAACUGGAGUCGCAGAUGCGAAGACACCAGGGCCAGAAUCAGACUCGUGCGCCCAUUACUAGAGCCGUUGCAGAAGAGGCAUGGAACAAUCUUCCGGAGAAGAUUCGGCAAUUGUACAACGAAAUUUCGAAACAAGCCCCGCCCGCGGACCCUAUUCCUGUUCAGCCCGAGCAAAAAGCCCAAAUGGCCCAGCAACUACGUGAGUGUACGGACAUGCUAGGUAGGAUGGAUACACUGGUUCAAUGGUUUGCCAAGAUUCCUAAUCAGGAAAAGAAUGUCAAAACCUUACUCGCUAUGCGCAUACAAUUGAUGAGGCAAUUCAAACCUGGACCUGACUGGGCACUCAAUGAUCAUUUUACGGUCACCCCCGAUUAUCUAACAGUAACCACUAAUUAUGUCAAAAAGCUUUUCCAAGCCAUGAUCACCCGCGUAAGCCAGCACCAGAAUCAACUGCCUGGACAGCGACCCAGCGUUUCUCAAGGACCACCCAACGUGCAAUCGUCCACCCAGAAUAACAUGCCUGCCCUGAACGCAACCAACCUGCAGCAACUUCAACAACAGGAGGAGGCUAUCCAGCGGGCCCGAAGGGCUUCGAGCCAGACUGCCGUCUCGGCAACUUCUGCCGUACCACCGGCACCGUUCGGGGCGCCUUCUCCCCAGGGUGUCCCCCAUGCUUACGGACCUGGUAGUAUACCUCCUCAGGAACUGAAACUUCCUCCACCGAAGAAGAGAAAGCAGUCUCAUGCUGGGCCUAUCGGAGUUGCCGGAACGGCCGGCACUAAAUCCCCGGCAACUAAACAGACUGCAGCAGACGCCAAAGCAACUGCCGCAUCUUUGGCUGGUCCUUUCAAAUGCAGUGUUCCACAAUGCCAGUAUCAUUACCAGGGCUUUGCGACCCAGAACGCGCUGGACAAGCAUGUUGAGGAGAGCCACAAAAUGGAAGAGUCGAUCGAAGAUCCACUUCAAUUUGCCCUGGACAGUUACCGGAGCUUGGUCAAAGAAGAGAAGGCUUCGCCUGAGUCUCAAGCUCUGAAGAAGAGUGCUGGUUCUGCAAUGGAGACACCACAGGUACAUCCUAAAGUCGGCAUACCUUCACCAUCUAUGAAGCAAGAUGUGGGAACAACUCCAGUCACCGCGGGCGCCACUCCAGUUGCACGAGUGUCCAGCCAGUUUGGACCGAAACCCACUUCUCCCGCAUCCAACCAAACUCCUCGUGGACCAUCAGCGAAGAUAGCUACACCAGCAACCAAGACUCCGGGAAGCAAGGAUGGGAAGAGGGAUGCUAGCAAAGCGACAGAGCAAAUGCCACCUUUGGAGACAGUUACAGAAGAUCCAUGGGCAGAUAGUGCCGUUUCACUCGAAGCGAUCCAGGACACAUUUAUGGACUUUGGAGAUGACAGUGGCUUGGGCUUCGGUCCGAUAGAUGAGUUCCUCAAUGUCGAUAUGUUUGCCAAUACGCAGUCCAAGGAUACACCGGAUUCGAUUGAAACAGCCAUUGUUACCCAGACCCCUAAGGACAGCGACAUAGCAAAAGGCGGAGACCUGACAAGUAAAGGCGGGGAAGGCGUUGACGACAAUUGGAUCCCCGUGGAUUGGAUCAACAUCCCUGGGCGGUUCGAAGACGGUCCUCUCAUGAAUGAGUCAUGGGAGGAUAUUGAUUGGGACAUCAUCGAUCGGCGGGACGGAAGCAUGAAUGUUGACGAUAGUGGAAUCGCCAUCUGUGCCAUGUGAAAUGGUGCUUUAUGAGAAAAUUUAAUGACCUUCAGCAGGCGAAUGGCGCUGCGGCUUAUCUCUUCGGCAUAAAUAUCGAUGACUUUAUGUAUAUUAAGACAAGGCCAGUGUGGGAGGCUACUUGUUUAAGCUUGUGAUUUUACUUUUCUUCUUCUAACUCUCUUACUCCUGUUACACCCUCUAACUAUCUCAUUAUCUUUCUGUUUAUUUACAUCUGCUUGGCUUAGCCGUGGCGUUUGACGGAGCGAACAAGAGGCCUUACCGUGACAUGUUGAAAGAGCCUUUGUUCUCGUGCUAGUGUUUUUUUUUUUUUUUACUUUCCGUUUUUCUACUUUUUCCUCUUUCCAGACGAUGAGGCUGUGAAAGGCUUUUUAAUAUCGAAAUAUCCGAACAUUCGAAAGGAGCAAUAUGAUCACAAUUA